GUUUAUUCUGACUUUCGAGGUCGUUGCCCCUGGAAUUUUGUAAUGGUGAUCACCAGCGUCUUUAUGGGUUUUGUUGUGCAAAAAUAAUUAAUAAGCAUAUUUUGGCUUUGGAUUAAAUGCCAGAAUAUCCAAAACCCUUUGUGAAGGGCGCUUAUUGAUUUUUUAGGCAUUUGUCUUAGUUAUUUGGAAAAGUCGGGUUAUGGUUUGUGUAUUUUUGUAAUGUUAUUUUGUUGCUGAAAGGCAAUUUUUGGGUUUUUUUACUGCCAAAAGGGUGCUGCAAAGGCGAAGAUGAAAAGGAAACGUAAGGAUGCGUGCCCCUCUCCUAUCCUGGAUGAAAGUCCUAAAAGAACCAAAGUACAAGCCCAAAGAAAAUUCGCCCAAAACUCUGGCGUUCAGAGCCCUAUAAUAACGCCAAUAAGAGACUUGGAAACAGCAGAUCUUCCUCACACGCAAGUACUACCAGAACCUGUUGAACUUUUACCCAUGAAACGUCCUCACACUGAAGAUUUUCUCACCUUUCUGUGUUUUCGUGGCACUCCGAUUUUGCCCCCAAACCUGCAGUUCUUCAAUACCGCUUCUAUUGUGGCGGACGGGCAAGUGCAUGAAAUUAAAGGAGAUUCUUCAAAAAAUGGACCAAUCGAUAUUGCUAAGUGUGCAGGAAGCUCGUCAGAAAAACCCUUUAUUGCUUUUGGUGUUAGGAAAAGGGCAGAUCCUAUUGUUAUUAGCCGACAGAUGGACAGGAAGCGAAGACACGCUUUGGCAAUCCAAGCAUUGAGGAGAAAAUACCAAGAACAAAAAAUGGCUAAGAUAAGAGCACUUACUAUUAGUAAGUUGAGUGAAAAGACUACAAAUAGAACUUUAGUUAAGACUAAUACAAUACAGAAAACUGAAACGGUCACUAAAAAAAGCAAUACCCUUCACAAGACCAAAGUAAUUGCUACAAAACAUGUAAAAGUAACCACAGAAACUCUUAAAACAAAAGUGAAACCACGAAUGUGUCUGAGAAGUUUCAGAGGUAAAUUUGUACAAAAAGAAUUACCUUUUAGAGCAAGAAGGCCAGAACAAGAAAUUAUAAGACCUAAUUUAAAAAAAAUGGCCAGGACAAGUAGGAACAGUAAUAAAGCAGAAGAGACCUCAACAACAACUCAGAAGACUGUAAGAAAAUUGCCCAAACUUAGUAGUAAACCUACUUUAGAAACUCCAAGGAUUGUUGCUACAUCUGUUUUAAAACGUCAGCAUCUAAAACGUAGAAUUUUGUUACCAAAUAUUGUUGCUACUAUAGUUAAACCAAAAUUGAGGUCUACAACUGUGAAAAAAUCUGUUUUAUCGAUGAAAAAGGCUCAACAACGUGUUAGGACAACUAUAGGCAAAAAUAAUCAAGAAAUAUCUGUCAGAUGUCCAACUGAUUCAGGUAAAAAGGAGAACAAUAAAAAGGCCUCCCAAGAGAAAUUGAAGGAAAAUGAUUCGAAAUCUGAGCCUCAGACUCUUCCACAAGAGCUUUCUAAGAGGCUUACCAGAAAAAAUUCCGAAUUAUCAACUAAAAUUGAAGAAAAAUUGGCAAAUAAAAAUGAAAACAAAAAGGAGGUGACCAAAAACUUUGAGAUGAAACGCCAAGUUAAAAUUGCAGAAUCUGCUGCCAAAAAGACAAUUCAGAAAAGUGUCAGUUCUAAGAGGGAAUUUAAUCUAAAAAGCUCUAAUAAAGAUGUUAAGAAAAACGUAACUGUUCAAAAAAAUACAGAUUCACUAUUGGAGAAAAAUGAAUCUGGGCAAAAAGUAACGAGGGAUGUUAAAACUUUGGAAAUGACAGUUGAAAAAGUCACUACAAGGAAAUCAUCAAAAGUUGAUAAUGCAAAAGCAACCAAGAUAAAUGAAAAUGACAAGAAAACUGAUGAUAAGGCUCCUAAGAUAGCAAAUAAGAAUAAAAAACUUUUGAAAACGACUACUGCAACAAAAUUGCCACAAAAUCCUGAUAAAACUAACAAAGAGAAGCCUAAAAAGGGAACGAAAUGUGCCUUGAAAGGAGAAUCACUUGCAAAAAACAGUUCUGAAGAUAAUACUUCAAAAAGGACAACUAGAGAGUCUACCAAUAAGGCUAAAGCAGAAAUUUUAGAGACAAAAUGUCUCAGAGGCCAAAUUAAAAAAGAUAAAGACAAUUCUAAAACUCAGAUAUUGGGAAAAGAAGAAAGCCAAACCAAAUGUUUGCCUAAAGCAAGUGUCACAGUUAAGGAUAUCGAUGAGGAAUCUAAAGGCAAGAACAAAAAAGAAAUUAUUGUUGAAGCAAAGAAGCAAGAAUUGAUUGUCAAAGAUAAUAAGUCUUGCGAUAAUCAAGCUACUGAGCUGAAAAAGGAAAAAUUAAAAGUUUUGAAAAAGGAAGAUGAGCAAAAAUCGGCUAAAACUGAAAUAAUUAAUUUGGAACCUAAAUUAGCAAAAGAUGUUGAAAAGCUGCCAUUAAAAUCUGAACCAUCUUGCAGUAUUCCUGAUCAAAAGGCUGUCAAAAUGAAAUUUAAUAAUAUGGAAGAAAAAUUACCAAAAGAAGUUAUCACACAAAAAAAGACAAUUGACUUAUUGUCUAAAGAUUCCAUCGAAAGUCCUACUACAACUAAAAAAAUUAUUGUAGAUGAAAGUAAGAAAUGUAUAACAGUAGAUGCAUCAAAAAUCAAAGCUUCGUCGCCACAUAGAAAUGAACCAAAUUCAACGAAAAAAGAUAUUUUAGUUGAAUGUAAAAAUUCUACAGAAGAUAUACCAAAGAAGCCAGAUUCAAUGAAAAUAAAUAUUGCAGAUGAAAUUAAAAUAUCUGCAAAAGAAGAUGUACAAAUAAAGACAUCUAAAGCAUCUUCACCAAACAGAAAAGAACCAACUUCAAUAAGAAAAGACAUUGUAGUUGACAGUAAAAAAUCGACAAAAGUAGAAUUACCUCAAAAGUUAUGCAAAACUUCUUUGCCAUACAGAAAACAACCAACUUCAACAAUUAAAGAUAUUACAGAUGAACUAGAAAAAUCUACAGCAGAAGAUGUUCAAAAAAAGCCAUCCAAAGCUUCAGAAGCCAGUCUAAUAAAGAAAGACGUAAUAGAUGAAAGUAAAAAAUCUACACAACAGGAUUCACCAAAAAAGCCUCCCAAAGUUUCUUCGCCGUGCAGAAAGGAAUCAAUUUCGAACAAAAAAGAAGAUAACCCAAAACAGCGAAAAUCCGGAGGGAAAAAAGAAGAAUCCGAACAAAUUAUCUCCUCAAGACCCAGCCGAAAAACUAAAGAAGCUGCAACCGUUUACAUGGAAAUUCUGAGCCACAAACUUGUAAAUGAUGCCACCAUAGAUGACGAAAAUGGUUCUAUAGACAGCUUUCCUGAAUUGCCAAACGUCAAGAAAACUGAACAACGCGAAAUCGAGCUUAAAGCUCAAGCCAAAACCUGCAAGGAAGACAGUAAGUUGAUAAUUGAAGCACCUGUUACACCUACAAAAACUAAACCCAGCAGCUUAGAUAUUACACUGGCCGAGUUGAAAAAAGUCAAAAGUCCUAUAAAAUUAUCUCCGACGCGUGUUUUUGUGGCAACUAUAAUCGAUAAUGAAAAAUCACCUAAAAAGAAACCAGAAGGAAAUCCUAAAACAACCAAAAACAAACCAGAAGAAGAAGCUCCAAAAACAUCAUUGGGUAAACGCAAAUCCAAUCCAAUAUCUAGCUCAGAUGAUUCAGACAAUGAAGUGUUGCAAGCAAAAAUUCGUAAAUCUGAAGCCCAAAAGAAUUUGCAACAAGAGCAAGCUUUGAAAAACUCGGAAGAUGAUAAAAACACAGUCACUAAACGACAAACACGAAAAACCAAUCAACCUGCUAAAGAAACCGAUAGUGAUCCUUCAGAUGAAUCAUUUCAUAUUGACAUAAAAGUGCCUAGAAAGAAAAAAGUCACUAGAAGUCGCAAUAAAGCUCCAGCGAGUGUUUUGGAGAAAAACGUCGAUAUUAUACUUGAAGCAGCAAGAGUUUUAGAAAACGAAAAGGAGGUGGAAUUGAAAAAAGUGGAUGACGACGACGAUGAUGAUGAUGAUGAUGAUGAUAAGCCUUUACAAGAACUGUCUAUGAAAGAUAACUUGUCUCAACACAUAUCUGAAAGGUCUGUGGCCAAAGAACCAAUAGAAAGUUUGAAGCCUACAAGCAAAGAUGACAAAAAAGUAAACUCAAAUAAACCUGACAAUAACAGUGAUUCUGAUGAAUCAACCACUUCAGACAUGAACCUGAAGAGUCUACAAAUAAAGCAAAGAAACAAGAAACUUUCUAAAAACAAAAAUUCUGUAAAAUCAGCUGCCAGUUUUAGCGACUCAGAUGAAGAACCUUUAGCAAAAUUAACCUCCAAGAAUUUCAAUGAAAAGAAACCUGACAAACCCAAAGCAAAAAAAACAGCCGACAAAGCCCCGAGUGAAGUUAUAAUGGAACCGAAACCGAAACGAGAAUGUACCAAAAGACCGUCUAAUUAUUUGGCAAUGUUGUCAAGUAGUGACGAAGAUGAUGAACCGUACUUUCACGGUUUCAAAGCAGAAGUGGCAAAGCCUGAAGUGUUCGUGCAAGCUGUAGUGCCUUCCUUGGACCUUUUAAGCAAAGAUAUGGGCAGAAAAGGUAAAGUGAACAUGUCCAACGAGCAAAUAGAAAAAUGGCUCAAAGAGUCAGCUCUAGCAGGAAGCAGCGUGGCAAAAGAAAAUGAUGCUAUGCUAAAGUUUGGUGAAAAAAUCCCCUCGGAAAUUGAGACUGUUGUGGAACCUGAUACAAAACCCGCAGAGUGUGAAGAAAUUAAAGCCAUCAUAGCAGAGCCUCGGCCAGGCUGUAGUAAAGAUCCAGAUGAGAAACCUGCUCAAGCAGAAAUUAAGUCUCCAGUAACCGAUCGCAAGUGGAUUUUCAAAAAGGACAAAAAAGAGUUGAUGCCUAAUAAAAAUGCCUUUUCACCCGAAAACGAGUUGAGCGUCUAUGCAUUUGGUGAGGAAAACGAGGAGGUUGUUAGUACCCCUUUUAGAAGGCCUUCUAGAAGACCUUCAAGUACUGCUACUUCACGGUCAGAAGAUGAUUUGUCUAAAAUUGAGGAUUCAGCAAAGCAAGGUCAAUUUCGUAAACCAAACCCGUCAGAUUCAGAAGACUCUCGUUGUUUCAACAUACCUCAAAAUCCAACUAAAAUCACCAAAAUCAAAUCAGAUUCUAUGGUGCCACCUUCCGCCUACCACAGCAAGAGACAAAAGUCUUGCCUGGAACCUUUCGACGAUUACAAAUACAAAAUCCCUAGUUCGCCUAGCGCUAGCAGCGGGAGCAGUGCAAAACUAUACAAAAAAGGGGCCCAGAAACAAAAAGGCAAACUGUGGGAAUCGAUUAAUCCCGUUUACGUGUCUGAUUUUCCUAAACCCACUGAUCCGGCCAAGCUAGUUGAAGCCCCCGUAUUUCAUCCUACCGAGCAAGAAUUCCAAGAUCCUUUGGAAUAUAUUGAAAGGAUUAGACACAAAGCCGAGCAGUUUGGUAUUUGCAAAAUUAUACCUCCCAAUAGUUUCAAGCCUGAAUGUAAAGUGUCUGAUGAUAUGCGGUUUACAGCUUAUAAUCAGUAUGUGCAUAAAAUGCUUCAUAGGUGGGGCCCCAAUUUUAAGGAGUUUAUUGCUAUUAAGAAAUAUUUGACUACACAAAGCAUCUCAUUGAAAACACCUCCAUUGAUUGGAGGUAUGGAAAUUGAUUUACCAAGAUUAUACCAAACUGUUCAAAGUUUGGGCGGUCUCAAAGAGGUAAUCGAAAAAAAGAAAUGGUCCAAAGUUUCAGAUCAUAUGAAAAUCCCAAAGUCGGCUCAAGACCGUGUCACUAAACUGGACGACAUUUAUUGCAAAUACCUUUUGCCUUAUGAUACUUUGUCACCAGCUGAACGUGAAAAACUCUUUGACGAAGUUGAAACCUAUUGGGCAAAAAAAGAAUCUAGGAAUUUGCAAAUAAAAACAGAUCCCAAACAAGAAAAUAAGCUCGAUGAUUCUUCUGAUCAAGACUAUGAUUCUGAAGAUAAUGAUACUGAAGAAUGCACAAUCAAAGGCAAAAAUAUGGCCCUGAAUGCUUUUUACAGAAUCGCCAGAAAUACCAUGUCUAUGUACUUUAAAGUGACUGAACCAACUGCAUUAGAGGUUGAGCAAGAAUUUUGGCGCUACGUUACUCAAAAACAGAAUCACAUUUGUGUCCAUUCCGCUUCCAUUGAUUGUGGUUCUUGGGGUUACGGUUUUGCGGUGUCCAAAAAUAGUCCGUUUGCUAGGCACGCAUGGAAUUUAAAGACAUUAUCAAAUAACAAUGGAUCAGUGCUUAGAUCUCUUGGACCUGUAAUAGGUGUCACAAUUCCCACUCUUCAUGUAGGCAUGGUAUUCAGUGCUUGCUGCUGGUACCGUGACCCACACGGACUACCGUGGGUCGAGUACCUGCACACUGGUGGUAAUAAAAUUUGGUACGGCAUACCGAGCUCGUCGUGUGAAGUUUUCCAUGCGGCAAUGCAAAAAUUAGUACCAAAUUAUUGUAGGGACAAAGAGUUGUGGUUGCCAUCGGACACUGCUAUGGUACCACCUGGUAUGCUUAUGGAAAAUAAUGUUUCUUUGUGUCGAACUAUCCAAGAGCCUGGUCAGUUUAUAGUGGUAUUUCCCAAAGUUUACACUUCAAGUAUUUGUACUGGCUAUGUAGUGUCCGAAAGUGUAUAUUUUGCUCCCUUAUAUUGGCUUAGAACUGCUAGGAACUUGUUUAAUGAUCUGAAAACCAGUUGUGAGCCUUCAAUGUUUUCUUUGGAUAAAUUGCUUGUCAGUAUAACCAAUGAUCACAGGUCUAGUGUGGAAGUUUUAAGGGUGAUCGUUUCCUUUAUGGAAGAACUGUGUACAAAUGAGAAAAAGUAUAGGAUACAAUUGAGAAGUUUCGGAAAAUUGGAAGAAGAAAGAAUUACCAAUACGGAACCACCUACUAAAAAGAAAAAAGUUCAAAGUGUGGAUGGCGAUUUUGAGUGUGAAAUUUGCAGGACAAAUUUAUACGUGUCUAUGGUGAUUGAUGCCCAAGAAGAUCUAAUUUACUGUUUAGAAGAUGCAGUCAAAUUAGUAGAAGAAAACAACAAAAUAAUUGAGCGACUAAAGUUGAAAUUCACUUUGGACGAGACUGAACUUGAUGACCUUCCCAAGAAAAUACAUUUAAUGAUAGAGGGCAAAUUACAGAAAAAAGUACCAAGCAAAUAUGCGGGGUUGCCUACAAUGUUGAAGUAAUUUUUUUUUAUGAAUCUCAAAAUGUUCAAGUAAGGAGUGUAAAAACAAAUUUAUUAACAAAGUAUACUCUACCCUGUGGACAGCAUAAUAAGGUUGUUCAAAAUUACCAAAAAUUAAAUUAAUAUUAAUUAUUGUAGAAAGCAUCACAUAAUUUUUGGACAACUUGUACAAAAGUAUAGUUGGGUGUUUUAUUGUAACUUAAAUGUUUUUAACAUUAAAUUUAAAUCAAGCUUUAGCUGUGAUUGAUGUUUAACUAGAAACUCAUAUGUAAAAUUGACAAAAUAAGUGGAAAGAUUUUUUUCAGCAAGCAUAAUAAUUGUAGGUACAUAUAUAUUUUAACGUAGUGAGUGUCGCUACCCCUUGCUUCUAAAAUUUUAUUUUUGUAUAUUUUUAUAUUUACCAAAUUUCAAAGCCAACUUUGUACGUUUUUUAAUAUUAUUUAGGACUAAUUUUUAUUGUGUAAUAUAGAUUAUUCCCGUAAGUCGUAUUUUAAAAGAGUUUUUUAAUGAAUGUUUUUUAAAAAUUGUAUAGCUAUGAAAAUUGCUAUGUCCUAUUUAUUGAUGUAAAUAAAAACGCAAGUGAGAUGUA